CGGAAGUUUUUCUCAGCUCGAGCCAUUAAACACAGACCCAUCAUCACUGCUAGGACGUUAGCUUAAAAACCACAAAGGGAACCGGACACAAAUGGACCCGAACCGGAUAAUCCAGGCUCUGAAAGGGACCAUCGACCCGAAUCUCAGGCUUGCGGCCGAGAAUGAGCUGAACCAGUCCUACAAGAUCAUCAACUUUGCCCCCACCCUGCUUCAGAUCAUCGUGUCGGAGCAGGUGGAGUUUCCUGUCCGCCAGGCCGCGGCCAUCUACCUGAAGAACAUGGUGAGUCAGUACUGGCAAGACCGGGAACCAUCUGUGGGUGAGGUUGUGUUUCCCUUCAACAUUCAUGAGAACGACCGGCAGCAGAUCAGAGAGCACAUAGUGGAGGGCAUCAUCCGCUGUCCAGAAUCCAUACGUGCCCAGCUGACCAUGUGUCUGAGAGCCAUCAUCAAACACGACUUCCCAGGCCGCUGGACCGCCAUUGUGGACAAGAUCGGCAUGUAUCUCCAGUCCCAGAGCAGCGGCAGCUGGUAUGGCAGCCUGCUGGCUCUCUACCAGCUGGUCAAAACAUACGAAUACAGGAAGGCUGAUGAGAGGGAGCCGCUGCUGGCAGCCAUGCAGAUUUUCUUACCCAGGAUUCAACAGCUGAUCAGCCAGCUGAUGACGGACGCCACCAUCUUCUCUGUCCUCAUCCAGAAACAGAUCCUCAAGAUCUUCCAUGCCCUCGUACAGUACUCGCUGCCUCUCCAGCUGAUCAACAACAUGGUGAUGACUCAGUGGAUGGAAAUCCUGCGAGCGGUGAUGGACCGAGACGUUCCCGCUGAGACGCUGGAGGUUGAUGAGGACGACCGUCCUGAGCUGGCGUGGUGGAAGUGUAAGAAGUGGGCGCUGCGCAUCAUCACCAGGGUGUUUGAGAGGUAUGGAAGUCCUGGAAAUGUGACCAAGGAAUACUACGAGUUUGCAGACUUCUUCCUGAAGACGUAUGCAGUAGGAAUACAGCAGGUCCUGCUGAAGGUGGUCCACCAGCACCGACAGAGGGAGUACAUCACUCCUCGCGUCCUGCAGCAGAGCCUGAAUUACCUGAACCAGUCACUGUCACACUCCCUGACCUGGAAACAGAUGAAACCCCACAUGCAGGCCAUCUGCCAGGAGGUCGUCUUCCCUCUGAUGUGCUACAAGGAGGAAGAUGAGCGCUUGUGGCAGGAAGAUCCUUAUGAAUACAUUCGCAUGAAGUUCAACCUGUACGAUGACCACGCCCUCCCAGUGACGGCUGCUCAGAGCUUUCUGUGUAAAGCGGCUCGGAAAAGGAAAGAGGUUCUUCCUCAGAUGAUGGAGUUCUGCCACCGGAUCCUGAUGGACCCGUCUGCUGACCCCCGCAGGAAGGAUGGAGCGUUGCACUGUAUUGGAGCUCUGGCAGAGCUUUUACUGAAGAAACGGGUGUACAGGGACCAAAUGGAGCAGAUGCUGCAGAACUACGCCUUUCCUUUGCUGAACUCGCCUCUCUGUUAUCUACGGGCCCGGUCGUGCUGGGUCCUGCACUGCUUCAGUCCGCUGCGUUUCCAUGACGAGGUGAUGCUGAGGAAUGCUGUGGAGUUGGUCAAACAGGAUCUGAUAGAUGACAAGGACAUGCCCGUCAAAGUGGAGGCUGCCAUCGCUCUGCAGACACUGAUCAGCAACCAGGAACAAGCCAAGCUGUACAUCCGGCCGUACAUUCGUCCAGUGAUGCAGGAGCUGCUUUAUGUGGUCAAAGAGACAGAAAACGAUGACCUUACAAACGUCAUCCAGAAAAUGAUCUGCGAGUACAACCAGGAGAUGGCCGCCAUCGCUGUGGACAUGACACACAACUUGGCAGAGAUCUUCACCAGGGUCCUUCAGAGUGAGGAGUACGAGGAGAACGAAGAUAAGACUGUCAUGGCUCUUGGCAUCCUCAGCACCAUAGACACCAUCCUCACUGUCAUGGAGGACCAUAAGGAGAUCACUCAGCAGCUGGAGGGGAUCUGUUUGCAGGUGAUCGGCCUGGUCUUACAGAAGCCCAUCAUAGGUAUGGCAGAGUUCUACGAGGAGAUUCUGUCUCUGGCCUUCGGUCUUACCUGUCAGACCAUCUCCCCCCAGAUGUGGCAGCUGCUCAGUGUCCUCUACGAGGUCUUCCAACACGACUGCUUCGACUACUUCACAGAUCUGAUGCCUUUGCUGCACAACUACGUUACCGUGGAUACAGACAUGUUCCUGUCCAACCCGAAACACCUGGAGGUCAUCUACAGCAUGUGCAAGAAGGUGCUGACAGUCGAUGCAGGUGAGGACGCCGAGUGUCAUGCUGCCAAACUCCUAGAAGUCAUCAUCCUUCAGUGCAGAGGCAGAGGCAUUGACCAGUGCAUCCCUCUGUUUGUGGAGGCAGUUCUGGAGCGUUUGAUGCGGGGCGUGAAGUCCAGCGAGCUCAGAACCAUGUGUCUGCAGGUGGCCAUCGCUGCUCUGUACUACAACCCAGCCCUGCUCAUCCACACCAUGGACAACAUGCACUUCCCUCACAACCCACAGCCCAUCACCGCCCACUUCAUUAACCAGUGGAUGAAUGACACAGAGUUCUUCCUGGGACUGCAUGACCGUAAGAUGUGCAUCAUUGGUCUGAGCGUGCUGAUGGAGCUGCCCAGCCGACCUGCAGCGUUGGACAGGGUGGCCGGCCAGGUCGUCCCUUCCAUCCUCCUCCUCUUCCUGGGUCUUAAGCACCUGUACGCUUCUCGUCUCAUCAACAAACCAGACCUGCUGGCCCGGGCAGGAGCUCAGGAUGAAGACCAGAACGAGGAAAUUCCCAGUGAUGAAGACGAGGUGAAUGAGAACCAAAGCACCAUCCAUCAGCAAACCAACAUGACGGCAGGGCAGGGAGGUGAGGAUGAAGACGAAGAUGAGGAUGACGACUGGGAUGAAGAUGGUUUUGAGGGAACGCCCCUGGAAGAGUACAGCACACCUCUGGACUACGACAACGGGGAGGAUGAGUAUCAGUUCUUCACCUCGGCUCUACUCAGGAUUCAGAGCACUGAUGCUGCAUGGUACCAGUGUCUGACCGCUCCACUCAGCGACGACCAGAAGAAACAGCUGCAGGAGGUCUACAGCAUCUCCCAGCAGAGGCGGAGCACCGCCGCCAAGGGCCACUGAGGAAACUGGGUGGACUGGACAACCACUUGAGAGGAGCGACCUGACCUGAACUGGAUCUCAGCCCAGAUCAGACCACAACAGGUUUAAAGGAUCUCACCAAUUCCGGGUCCCAGGGUACCAUCAGGACCGGCUGCAGUGCCUGAAACUGGACCAGACGCUCAGCCAUCGAGGACCUGCUGCACUUUACCAGAUCCCUGUUGUCAAUUUCAUUUUCCCAGAACCAGGCCGCUGGCAGUGUGUGCGUGAUUGGGGUGUUUGUGCGCGUGUGUUUGUGUGUGUAAGAGAGCAAGCACUGGUCUUUGUAGCUCUGUAGUCCAAAACUCAUCAUCUCGUCAAACUUGGGCCCCUCAGACCGAGUCAGGCUCGAUGUGUACAGACUGAGGGCUGGAGGCCUCCAGCUAAUGGUGGGAAACAGGAAGCAGUUUUAUGUGUUUUUGUUUUUGUAACUUUUUUCAGAACUAACUUAAGAAAAUCAUAAACGUCCAUGUAACA